AUGGGUCCCCAGGCAAAGCUAGCUGCUUUCCACCUCCCGCCUUUGCCUACGGUGGGAGAGAUCGUUAAACUUUUCGGACUCCGAGCCCAGAAACAGCUGUCCCAGAACUUCCUCCUGGACUUGAGGCUGACAGAUAAGAUUGUACGAAAGACUGGCAAUCUGAAAAAUGCUCACGUUUAUGAAGUAGGCCCUGGGCCAGGUGGAAUCACAAGAUCUAUUCUUAAUGCUGAAGUUGCUAAUCUUCUUGUGGUUGAAAAGGACACUCGAUUUAUUCCUGGGUUACAGAUGCUAUCUGAUGCAGCACCUGGAAAAUUGAGAAUAGUCCAUGGGGAUGUGUUGACUUUUAAAGUAGACAGAGCGUUUCCAGAAAACCUUAAAAGAAGAUGGGAAGAUGAUCCUCCAAAUGUGUAUAUUAUUGGCAACCUGCCUUUCAGUGUAUCUACUCCACUGAUUAUUAAGUGGCUUGAAAAUAUUUCUAAUAGAGAUGGACCUUUUGUUUAUGGUAGAACACAGAUGACCUUGACCUUUCAAAAGGAAGUGGCUGAGAGACUGACUGCUGGUACAGGAAAUAAACAACGAAGUCGACUUUCCAUCAUGGCCCAGUAUCUCUGCAAGGUUCAUAAUUCCUUUACAAUUCCAGGACAAGCUUUUGUUCCUAAACCAGAGGUGGAUGUGGGAGUUGUUCAUUUCACUCCCCUGGUGCAACCACAGAUAAAUCAGCCAUUUAAGCUGGUGGAAAAAGUUGUUCAGAGUACUUUUCAGUUCAGAAGGAAAUACUGCCAUCAUGGGAUUGGAAUCCUAUUCCCACAAGCUGAACGCUCAAAAAACACUGAAAAAAUGUUAAUGUUGGCUGAUGUGGACCCUACUUUACGGCCAGGCCAGCUCUCCAUCUUGCAUUUCAAGAACCUCUGCGAUGUCUACAGAAAAAUGUGUGAUGAAAACCCAAACCUUUUCACCUACAAUUACAGGGAAGAGCUCAAGCAGAAGAAAAGUGAAAAGCCUAAAAAGCAGACAGAUGAGAGUGACUUAGAUUAGAUGGAUAUAGCUAUCACUGGGCCUGUGAUAAUGUGCAUAAUGUUUAAAUUGUUCGUGUCAAAUUUAAGAUGUGGAUUUCCUUCCUCAUUUACUCUAGUUGGGAUAGUGUUGCUGUUGCAUUACACAGAUUACCUAAUCCAUUUCAGUAAGAAGUGUUCGUAAAAAUACCAGUUCCCAGCUAUGACUUAUUUUUCUUUUCCUGUACAGGUGAUAGAGAAAAUAAAUACA